UGGAAGAAGUGAAAACUUCCCUGGGCAGCAAAGGGCUCACCUUUCCUGAGCUGGAACAGCCAGAGUGGCUGGAAAAGCUACACUUCAUGGUAGACAUGACAGCGCACCUGAACACGCUGAACACAGCUCUUCAGGGGAAAGGACGUACAGCCCUGCACAUGUUGGAGGAUGUUUUGGCAUUCGAGCGCAAGUUGACAGUGCUUGCCAGAGAUUUACAGAAAGGCACUUUGUCUCACUUCCCCAAUUUGAGAGAGUUCAAACAAGGUCACGACAUGAUAAUUUCGGAGUAUUUACAUUCUGCAAUCAUCGCAAUGCAAACAUCGUUUGGGAAACGCUUCUGUGAGUUCAGAGAGGAAAAAAACACAUUAUCCUUCCCGGUCACUCCCUUAAGCAUCGAUCCUUCCCUACUGAAUACGACUGCAUUGGCAGGUGUGAGUCAACCUGAUCUUGAGAUGGAACUGGCCGACAUAGCCGACAAAGACAUAUGGGUGUCCAAGUUUAGACGCUUGACAGCAGACCUUGAAGAUGUUGCCCGUCAGAAGGCCGUUCUUGCUCAGAAACACAAAUGGAGUGAUAUUGAAAACCUCACAUAUGACAGCUUGCGAUCCUGUGUAAAGAUGAAGGUGACAUCAUACAGCCCUGAUGUGCAGACGCUGUGCGCUGAGGUCCAGGAGCAGAAAUCCCAUUAACCAAGAUGACAGCUGGCUGACGUUAUUUUUGGUUUGCUGCUGGCGGAAAAUUUAAGUUCGUCGUUUUUCAUAAAUACAAGAAGGACUCAAAUAGACAUUGAAUAUUUUACUUAAAAGUAACUUUCAACCCAACGUCUUUUUUUCGGAGUUCAAAAUGUUUUUGUUGCAUGCAGAAAUGUAAUUUCAUUUUCUCUGCAGGAGUUCAUCAAUUUCAUAAAUGCAACACAUUAUAGUUUGUUUAUACAUAGCAUAAAGGCAAAAAAAACGUUGUAUGCAGUGUUAUUUCAUUUUAAAUGUCAAACGGGUUUUGCGGCUCCCAGUGUUUUCUUUUCUGUGGGAA